GCAUGCGCACUCUGCCCUUUUGGGAACGGUGUUGCCUACUACCUAGCAUUUUUGCUAAGCUCCCCUUUUCUUCAGUUCUUGAGGUCUGGAGGUCCUGGGCUGCGCCUUCUAUUUGGGCCAGUAGGCACAACGCGACACACAGCAUGGCAGAAAACCGAGAGCACCGUGGGGCCAUUGAGGCUGAGCUGGAUCCCGUGGAGUACACCCUUCGGAAGCGGUUGCCCCACCGUCUGCCCCGGAGGCCCAAUGACAUUUAUGUUAACAUGAAAACUGACUUUAAGGCCCAACUGGCCCGCUGUCAGAAGUUGCUGGACGGAGGGUCGCGAGGUCAGAAUGCAUGCACUGAGAUCUACAUUCAUGGCUUGGGCCUGGCCAUCAACCGUGCAAUCAACAUUGCCCUACAGCUUCAGGCGGGCAGCUUCGGGUCUUUGCAGGUGGCUGCCAAUACCUCCACUGUGGAGCUUGUUGAUGAGCUGGAACCAGAGACUGAUACACAAGAGCCACUGACCCGCAUCAGAAACAACUCGGCCAUCCACAUCCGGGUCUUCAGGGUCACACCCAAAUAAUAAAAUGAGUCUGGCUCACCUCAUCCACCUAUCCUCAGCUAGGCUCAGGUAUGACUCUCCUUGUACUGAGUACUGUCAUGGACCUCCUACCAGAGCCAUAUAAGGAAAAGCCUGUCGUCUCUGAGCCCAAAAGACACUGAAUUGAGAAGGGGAGAGUGUCUCUUGUUGGGCCCAAGUAACCAGGCCUUCCUGAAUCUUUGUGGUCUGUAACCAGCCAUUGUCCUAGGCAAUAAAAAGUAUCAAAUUUAGUGCCCACCCACCCCACUGCCACUGCCUGUCCCCUGUGUAAAGUUGGUGUAUACCUGAAAAGGAGAGUAGGAAACUUGACGAGUGUUUAGGUGCAGGAGGGAAACCUGAGUGCCUUCACAGAGGGUAUAGAUUAUAAUGUGGACAUGGUAACAUAAACUUUAGUACAGUGCAGAAGCCUGACAACCCAAUGUUUGCCUUAAAAUUUCUCAUUCUCUCAGAGGCAGGCCAAAUGGGUAAAAUGUACCCUCUUGCCUGCUGAAUGCAGCUGGGAUAGUCUUAUGCUUAGAAGCAUGGGCUGUGGUAGAGGUUCUCAGGCACAGGAAAGGGGAGGGUUUGAGAAUGUAUCAGGCCCUGUGAUAGAAACUGAUAUAUGGCUUCAUUUGUUUCCUGGUCCUGUGGGCCCAAGCAGCUGUGGCCCAGAGCCCUUGAAACCCUUCUGGCUGGGCUGCUCUAGUGGGAAAGGAAAGCCUCCCUCCUGAAUUACUGGGCACACAGAUAAUAAAUAUUUUGUGUUUGGGUAUUUUUA